UUCAGCUUCUCUAAUUAACCCCUUAUUGCAUCCUGAGUCAUAUAUGAUACAUACCAAUAUUAAUAUUUUUUUGAAGCUCUAGAAUUUAAAGAGCGAAUAACUGCAUAGUGUCGCAUAUUUGGGACCGAGGAAUAACCACGUUAAAAUAAUGCCGACGCUCCUCCGACAAAAAAUAUGACCUUGGAGCGGUUUGCAAGUUUACACUCGCACUUUUCGUGGUACAGUCGACAUCUCCGAUUUUAUGAAGCAUUUUUGUUGGGUGAAACGUAGGUUUUGGUGAUAGAAAAAAAUAGCUGUCCACAGUUUAUUUGUUACUUGUGCGUUUCAAGGUAAGUUUAGGCAAUAAUUUCAAUUUUUGCAGAGGUUACAUACAAAAAUUGUUUUGAUUCAUAUAUGGGACAUCAUGCGAUUAUAACGAGUGAUAAGAGUCAUCUUGAUUCCAGAUGGAUCCAAAAAUAUUUUAUGGAAGCAGUAAAUAUGUUACGAAUGUACCGGAAAACAAUGAAAGUGAUGAUCCCGAUUUGUCAGACGAUGAAGACACAAAUAAUCCAAUAAUUAAUGAUAAUAUAUUAGCAUUUGACAGCGACGACAACAGUGAGCCUGAAGGAGAUUAUGAUGAGACAGUCAUUUCUGAAACAGAUGUAGAAUCUGACGAUAGUGAAAAUAUGACUCUACACGAAAUUGCAGAGAAGAUGAAUCCAAGCGCCUGGAGAACUGGAAAUCUCGUGAAAGAUCCAAAAGAUCUAGAAUUUACAGGCAAUAUGAAUAUGCCUCCAGAAGUUACUGACUUAGAAACGCCAUUACAAUUCUUCAAGUUCUUCUUGACUAAGGAAAUCAUAUCAGCAAUAACUAUCGAAUCAAAUUUAUAUUGCUCACAAAAGCGUAUAAACCGUCCUUUGAACCUCACAGAUGAUGAAUUAGAGCGGUUUAUUGGCAUAUAUGUUUAUAUAUGUCUAUUAUACAACUACCCCAAGCUAGAAACUAUUGGUCGCCACAUUUAGGUCAUCAUAAGGUAUCAGCAGUUAUGACAUGUAACAGGUGGGAAGAAAUCAAAAGAUUUAUUCAUUUCAACAAUAACGAUAAUUUCAUACCUCGUGGUACACCUGGACAUGAUAAAUUAUUCAAAAUAAGACCUUUUCUAGACAGUUUACAAGAAAGACUAAAUAAAAUUCCAGUUGAAGAGAACGUUGCGGUAGACGAACAAAUUAUUCCAACUAAAGCCAGAUCAACAAUAAAACAAUACAAUCCGAAAAAGCCACACAAGUGGGGCUAUAAAGUAUUUGUUUUGAGUGGAAUCUCCGGCUUUAGUUACAGCUUCGACAUUUUUGCUGGAUCUCAGAGCAACGUAGUUCCUGUUGAUGUUCCUGAUUUAGGAACAAGCAGUAAUGUGGUGCUAAAACUUGCCCAAAGAGUCCCUAAGCAUAUGAACCAUAAAAUAUUUUUCGAUAAUUGGUUCACCAGUGUCCCACUUGUGGUUUACGUGAGCAAAAAUGGCAUUCUUCCUCUUGGUACUGCGCGCUUGAAUCGAAUUCCAGGUUGUAAAAUGCUAUCGGAAAAGGAAUUCAAGAAACUUGGAAGAGGAUCUUGGCAAGAAAAAACUGCUAUCAAAGAUGAUGUGAAAUUAAGUACUGUUUGCUGGUAUGACAACAAAAUUGUCACAACUCUGUCAUCUUAUGUCGGCUCGCAACCAAUUGGAAGUAAGCAAAGGUUUUUUAGAAGCGAGAAAUGCUACAAAGAUGUGCAAUGUCCGCAAACAAUCCUAAAAUAUAAUGAAUACAUGGGAGGCGUAGACCUAUUGGAUUCUAUGCUUGAUUAUUAUCGCAUCAAAAUUAGAUCCAAGAAAUGGUAUCUCCGCAUUUUCUUUCAUUUUAUAGAUAUGUGCGUUGUGAAUAGUUGGCUUUUAUGGAGGACGCAGAACGAGUUUUAUAUGCCACUUGCAGAUUUUAAGGUAGCUAUUGCGGAUGCUUUAUGUAUCAGUGGAAAAUCUGUAUUGAGUAGAAAACGUGGACGACCUAGCGCCAAUCUUGAACAUGCUUAUUUGGAAAAGACUAAACGUGGACCUGCGGCUGAAAUUCCUCAAAUUGAAGUAAGAAAGGACGGAAUAGAUCAUUUGCCGGAAUGGAGAGAAAAUGAAAGAAAUCGAUGCAAACAUCCAGACUGCAAAUACCAAUCAUAUAUUUAUUGUGUAAAAUGUCAACUACCGCUCUGCCUAAAUAAAGAUAGAAAUUGUUACCUAAGAUUUCACACCGAGUAACUACAUAAGACUGGUUGUUAGUGCAUAGAGUCCCAUAUAUGAUACAUACCCCUUUUUUGUAAAUUUUUCAAUAAAAACUUAAUAAAU